UCGUCCCAGUCUAUAUCACGGUCAUAAUCUUUACACACCACAUUGUUUAGCGUUCUUUCGUGUCUAUUUCUAUCCCACAGCUACAAACAAGACCUCAAUUGGUACAAAAAUGAUCAAAAGGAAGUUAAUAAUAGAUUGUGAUGCAGGCGUUGAUGACGCUUUUGCAAUUAUGUUAGCACUUAGCCGAGAAGACACCGAGGUAAUCGCCAUUACAUGUGUCGGUGGGAACACAUCUUUAGAUCAAGUGUGUAUUAACGUGAUGAAGACUUUGGAGUGCUGUCAGCGUACAGAUAUUCCGGUAUUCAAGGGCGCGGGCAAGCCACUGAUAGCAAAACAUGAACCAUCUGCUUCUCACUUUCAUGGGUAUGAUGGGCUGGGUGAUUCCAGCAACCUCAAGACUCCAGACAUGAGCCUCCUUCAGAAAGAACAUGCUGUUGAUGCCCUUAUAAGGCUUGCCAAUGAUGAUGUUACUCUUGUCGCCUUGGGCCCACUAACAAACCUUGCACUAGCCUCUCGACUGGAUCCUGAUUUCUCCAAGCGAUUGAGAAAGACUGUAAUAAUGGGAGGUAACUGCGAGGCCAAAGGGAAUGAUGGGAAACCAUGUGCUGAGUUCAAUUUCCAUAGUGACCCUGAAGCAGCUUUUGUAACCCUGAAUGAGUUUGAAUGCCCCCUCUCCCUUGUGACAUGGGAAAUAUGCCUAAAGCAUUACUUUGAAUGGGAGUUUUUUGAGAAACUAACAUCACAAGCCUCAAACAAAUCAAAAUUUCUAAAGAGUAUUUCCAAGCUUUCUGCUGAUUUUUACAAGCAGAGAAAAGAUGGUUUUGGUUAUCAUUACGUUUGCUGUGACCUGUUGGCAAUGGGAGUGGCAGUACAGCCGGACAUUGUUACCAGACAGGCUCUCGUGCAUGCUACUGUUGAGUUGAAUGGUCAUUACACUACCGGUCAGAUGGCAGUUGACUGGUUAGGAGCUCUUUCUCGACCACCUACCAUGAAGUUAGUCCAGGAAGUGGAUAUGGCGAAGUAUAGCGAGAUGGUUAUGUCUAGCGUGAUGUGACAAGUCCAGGGUGGAAUAGAAUCAUAGUCAUUUCACAUAUAGGCUUAUAACCGAUCACAUUCUGUUUGCAAAGUCGUUUCCAUAUGAUUGCAUUCAAUCGCAGCUUAUUCGACCUUAUAAUUGCAACCAGAUCACAAGGUGGUUUCCAUAUGAGUGCGUUUUUAUUUAAUCGUACACCACCACCUGCAAUCAUGUGCGAUCUUAUGGAAAUCAGCCUUAACCAGGGGGAAUUUGACAAAUAAUCUGAAGGAAUAAUCUUUGCCAAUGGAUUAAAAUGCUGUUCUUGUAUGCUAUUUUUUAAAAUUCUGAUGCAAAGGGGUCCAAAGCAAGUUUUCUUGCUGACAUGAAAAAAGAUAUGUAAUAAAGUUAUCUAGAGAUGGUUAGAACUCGUAAGAAUUUCAUUUUUUUAACUGUGGUUUCAUGAGAAUCAGGGGGCACUUCAAAAAGAAAAUGCAGCAAAGCCCUUAAAAGAUAUCUCAAAUGAAAUGCUAUUUUUAUUUGCUAUUACUGUUAGAUAAUUUUAUGUGAGAGCUUACAGCUCGUGAGAUUACACCACAGGUACAUUUUACAUAUAACAUGCCCUGUGUUUUGUGGUAAUGUUUUGCAUUCAUAAGAAAGUGAUAUGGCACAUGUUGCAUAAGAUGGAAACCCUGUGUCCCUGUGCACAUACAAUUAUUUUGCCAUGUGUUUCAUGAUUUGUCACUCCCAUGAUACCUAUUGAAUCUUGGGAUCCAUUGAGUCCAUUCCUCAGUUUUGAAUGAUUUUUUUUCUUGUGCUUUCACCAAACAGGCCAUGGAUUCCAUUUCUGACACCAUGUUUAGCGUUCUCACUUGGAAAACUGCAUUGUCUCCAGUCUACUUCCUGUCGAUGUCCAAUCAACCUAACAAUCUCCAAUGAAUUUUAAUGGAAAAUGCCAAAAAUAUUUGAAAAUUGUAAAAGCGUGUCUAUUGGACGUUUUUUUGAGGAUGUGGCGGAUAAUUAAGAGCGGAUGGCCUGUUAAACAGUGCAAGUUCUAAUAGGUUAUUUUGUCUAUUGUCGGUUUGAGGUUUCCAUCAGCUCUCCGAAAGUAAACUGGUGACAAUGCGGCUUUAAUAAAGACAGACAAAUGCCACAAUGAUUAGAAAGGCACUGGUAUAAUAAACUUGCGUGCGCAGAGAUACAGGGUUCCCAGUUGUAUGGUAUCUUUUCUCCAUUCUCUUCUAAGGUAUUCAUAAUUAGCUACUUUAUUACGAUGUAUUUUGAAGAUGCAAAAUAUUGUUACUUUGUGGGAUUAUUUAGAUUUAAUUGGUGGCCAUUUUUUCCUUUUAACUGAGUGAUCCUUAUAUCAUGGAAAACUAAAGUUUUGUUGUAUUUCAGCAAUUACACUUAUUUAAAAAUAAUAUUGAUUCAAAAAUUA